CCGGCGGCAGAAAUAGGGCAGCUGCCGCGGCGGUGGCACAGCAGCGGGCAGCGGCGGCUCAGAGAGCUGGCGCCUCAACAGCCUCCAGCGCGCCUGAGACCCGCGGACAGCCAGAGAGACCGACCAAAGGACGCGGGGACGGGUCGCCGCCGCCGCCACCGGGCGCUCCCUAUCUCCCGCUUGAGUCAGGCCCCCUGGUCGUCCCCUCGGCCCCGGCUGCCUCAGACUGAACAAAAUGAAACCAGGAAGCUUUUGGCUGCAUCUUACACUGCUUGGGUUCUCCCUGCCAGCUGCGCUGGGAUGGAUGGACCCAGGAACCAGCAGAAACCCGAACGUGGCUGUGAGGGAGUCACAGGCAGAGGAAUCAAGAAGCUUUGAAGUCACAAGAAGAGAAGGGCUCUCCAGCCACGGGCAGCCAACCUCCUGUGGGAAGAAGCUCUGCAGCCGCGGGAGCCGGUGUGUGCUCAGCAGGGAGACCGGGGAGCCCGAGUGCCAGUGCCUGGAGGCCUGCAGGCCCAGCUACGUGCCGGUGUGCGGCUCCGAUGGGGUUCUCUAUGAGAACCACUGUGAGCUCCACCGUGCCGCCUGCCUGCUGGGCAAGAAGGUCAUCGUCGUCCACAGCAAGGACUGUUUCCUCAAAGGCGACACAUGCACCAUGGCCGGCUAUGCCCGCCUUAAGAAUGUCCUUCUGGCGCUCCAGACUCACCAGCAGCCACUCCACGAAGUGGAAAACAGGCAGGACCCUGCUUCCCAAAAGCGUCUCCUGGUGGAAUCUCUGUUUAAGGACUUGGAUGCCGAUGGGAACGGCCACCUCAGCAGCUCUGAACUGGCUCAGCACAUGUUGAAGGAGCAGAACCUAGAAGGGGACUUUCUGGGGUGUACGCCAGGAGACCUCCUCCGAUUUGACGACUACAACAGCGACAGCUCCCUGAGCCUACACGAGUUCUACACAGCCUUCCAAGUGGUUCAGCUCAGCCUCGCCCCAGAGGACAGAGUCAGUGUGACUACAGUGACGGUGGGACUGAGCACAGUGCUGACCUGUGCUAUCCGUGGAGACCUGAGGCCACCAAUUGUCUGGAAGCGCAACGGGCUCACCCUAAACUUCCUGGACUUGGAAGACAUCAAUGACUUCGGAGAGGAUGACUCCCUGUACAUCACCAAGGUGACCACCAUCCACAUGGGCAAUUACACCUGCCACGCCUUGGGCCACGAGCAGCUGUUCCAGACCCACGUCCUGCAGGUGAAUGUGCCGCCUGUCAUCCGCGUCUAUCCAGAGACCCAGGCACAGGAGCCUGGAGUGGCAGCCAGCCUGAGAUGCCAUGCUGAGGGCAUUCCCAUGCCCAAAAUCACUUGGCUGAAAAAUGGCAUGGAUGUCUCAGCCCAGAUGUCUAAACAACUCUCACUUCUAGCCAAUGGGAGUGAGCUCCAUAUCGGCAGUGUUCGGUAUGAAGACACAGGUGCAUACACCUGCAUUGCCAGAAAUGAGGUGGGCGUGGAUGAAGAUAUCUCCUCACUCUUCAUUGAGGACUCAGCAAGGAAGACCUUGGCAAACAUUCUGUGGAGAGAGGAAGGACUCAGUGUGGGAAACAUGUUCUACGUCUUCUCCGAUAAUGGUAUCAUUGUCAUCCACCCCAUGGACUGUGAGAUCCAGAGGCACCUCAAACCCACAGAGAAGAUUUUCAUGAGUUAUGAAGAAAUCUGUCCCCAAGGAGAAGGAAGUGCCACCCAGUCAUGCCAGUGGGCAUCUGCGGUUAACAUCAGGAACCGGUACAUCUAUGUGGCCCAGCCAGCACUGAACAGAGUCCUUGUGGUCGACGUUCAAGCCCAGAAAGUCCUACAGUCCAUAGGUGUGGAUCCUCUGCCGGCUAAGCUGUUCUAUGACAAGUCACAUGACCAAGUGUGGGUCCUGAGCUGGGGGGACAGGCACAAGUCUCAACCAAGCCUCCAGGUGAUCACAGAAGCUAGUGCUGGCCAGGGCCAGCACCUCAUCCGAACAACCUUUGCAGGAGUGGAUGAUUUCUUCAUUCCUCCAACAAACCUCAUCAUCAACCACAUCAGGUUUGGCUUCAUCUUCAACAAAUCUGACCCUGCAGUUCACAAAGUAGACCUAGAGACACUGAUGCCCCUCAAGACCAUAAGCCUGCAAAGCCAUGGCUGUGUGCCCCAAGCCAUGGCACACACCCACCUGGGAGGCUACUUCUUCAUCCAGUGCCAACAGGACACCCCCACCUCCACCACCCCGCAGCUGCUCAUUGACAGUGUCACAGAUUCUGUUCUUGGUCUCAACAGUGACGUAACGGGGACCCCCCAUGUGUCUCCCGAUGGGCGCUUCAUUGUCAGCACCGCCGCCAACAGUCCCAGGUUUCACGUGCAGGAGGUCACAAUGAGGGGGGAGAUCCAGACCCUGUAUGACCUGAAAAUAAACCCGGGCAUCUCGGACUUGGUGUUCCAGCACUCCUUCACCGAAGGUAAUCAGUAUGACAUCUAUGCCACCCUGGAGACACAGCCCGACCUGCUGUUCCUGGAACUGUCCACAGGGAAGAUGGGCAUGCUGAAAAACUUAAAGGAACCACCCACAGGGCCAGCCUGGCCCUGGGGAGGACCUCGCAGAAUCCUGAGGGACAGCGGGUUAUUUGGACAGUACCUCCUCACGCCAGCCCAAGAGUCACUGUUCCUGAUCAAUGGUAGACAAAACACACUGCGGUGCGAGGUGUCCGGCAUAAAGCGGGGAUCCACGGUGGUGUGGGUGGGCGAGGUAUGAAGGAGCUCAGCACAGAGCCCUGGGCCCCACGGGCACCACCUAGUCCUGACACCGCAGCCCCAAGCAGGCGCGCUGUACAUUUUCACAGACAAAAGCAAAAUCCCGUAUCCGCUUUGUGGUUCAACACUGGUCUCCUUGCAAGUUUCCUAGUAUAAAGUAUGCGCUGCUAUCAAGAUUGGGGUUUUUUCAUUAGGAAGUAUGAUUUAUGCCUCGAGCUGUGACAAGAACAUAAGCUGCUGUGCAAAGGAAUCAUUUCUGUACCAGGCUGCACGCCGCGUCACCUGGGGAUGCCGUGGAACCAAGAGAUCCUGCUUUCCGGGGACACUCCUGUCAGUUGCCUUCACAUUGUCAUCAUCCUGUCCCGCCAGCCCCAGCCAGAAUUUUUGCCCUGAACCUAGUGGCCUGGAAACAGGGCUGAGCAGGAGCAGGGACUGUCCCUCUGGGAGUUCAAGGCCAUCUGUCCUCGCUUGGGACCUCACUUUCUCCUUCACAGCCGCUUCUUGCUUUCCUUUCCAUCUGACUUGGCGUAAGCCUGAGGGAGAGCCAAUGAGACUUAUUACACCUUGGGGGAUGGGGAAAUCACUCUCUUUAUUUUGGAAAUUUUUGAUUAAAAAAUAAUUUUUUAUAAUCUCAAAUGCUAGUAAGCAGAAAGAUGCUCUACGAGGUCCAGCUAUAUUCUUCCCUGCCUUAGGCCACGUCUCUGGGGGUCACUCCUGAACAUUCCACAGCCAGAAGAACAAUGGUCAUCCAAAAACAAUGGCCCGCUAUACCAUUGCCGCUCCUCUGCCCCAGGUGCAGAUCAGGCCAUCAGGUUGGUAAAGACUUGGUCCUGUGUUGGGAACCCAAGAGACCAGGACAAGCCUGCCUGCGUACCUGCUUUUCACCACGGAAGGGGGACAUUUCCCUAGCCAGGCCCGGUACCCCAGAUUCAGGGCAGACUAGGCUUGCCUGGAAAGGUGUACCCAGCCUCCAGACUCUAUGCAGAAGCCCCAAGGACCCAAGAGCUGUCCCUCCAGGUUUCCAAUGGAUGGAUUUCUUUUCUACCCAAGACCCAGACACUCAGCCCAAGUCAGCACUGCACAGAGGACACUUUUCAGGAAGUGCUUUAUACAUGUCACAAUCUAUACACACUCCAAAACUCAGAAUCCGAAGACUGCAGGCUGAUAGCACCAAGUUAUUCCCAAAUGUCUCAGCCUAUGCAGGAGAUCAGGUGGGCAGCACAGUAGUACAGCCCAACCAUCCUUGGGGAGACCGCCUAUGUCAGAGACUCUCAGCAAGAAAGAGUCCCUGUUAACUUCUCAAAAUACCCCUUUCCCAGCUGGGUGCAGUGGCGCACGCCUGUCAUCCCAGAGACUUGGGAGGCUGAGGCAGGAGGAUCUUAAGGCUGGGUAACAUAGGGAGAUGCUGUUUCAAAAUAAAAUUUUACCAAAGGCCGGGGUUGUCACUCAUGGUAGGACACUUGCAUGGCAUGCAUGAGGCUCUGGGUUUUAGCUCCAGUAUGGCAAAAAAACAAUAAUAAUUUAAAAACCCUGUCCUUCUCUCUCUUGUGUCAAUGGCCAAAACUAUACAUGCUUUCUGGCUUGAUCAUUCUGUAAGCUCCAUGGGUUGGGAGAGGUGGCCCUGUCACAGACACCUUAGCUAUUUUAGCCACCUUCACCUGCCAGCAUGGCCAUGAUUUUGAAAUUAUCCUACACACAGCUCCUUUCACUCCCCUCUGACUACCCAGCCCACCUGUGCUCUCCCCAAUUUCCUGAUACCAGCCCUUGUCUCCCGCAUCUCCUCUCUCUUGGCCAAACACCCGUCGCCCACAACUCCCAGGAGAGUGCCUACACGUGUACGUUCAUGUUUUUGACUUUUUUUCUUUUUAAGGUAAGACAUGUAGGAAGAGGUUGGGGAAACUGACCUCUGGAAUCUCAUGUUCAGUUUUACAGUAGCUGGGACAGAUAGUAACACACCUCACCCUGACACUGUUUUGUUCCUGCCUCAGUAUCCUGACAGAUUUACUCCUAAACUCCCACGUUUAUCACUGAAAUUCUCCGGUAUACAUGACUUUGCCUCUUGGCAAAAUAGUGUCAACCCUGGCAGAGGAGUCUCUGAGCCUAAAGGAAGAAAAAAAUUCCCACUAUCAGGCCAGAACAUCAGCCUGUCUGGGUCACAGGAUUCCUAAGUAAAAGGGCAAUCCAGUCCAAACUGGCCUUGUAAGUUGGGAGUGCCAGAAUUGACGUCUGCUCCAUCCACUCCUUUGCCUCUAUUCCUCUGUCUCUAAAUGUCCCUGAAAGGCACACCUACUUUCCACUGUCCUUACAGUGAAGCUACUGGAGACGACCAGCAUGCAGGACACAGUUGAAUUAGAGCAGGAAAUCACGGGCCUGAUGCCCAGGGCAGAGUUUCAGCAGCCCAGCCCUAGGAAGCCAAGUCACAAAGGCCAGAAGACAAAUGUCUUCGUAGCAGUGAAACCAGAGGAUCUGCUCAGAUGGGAAGCAGGGGAAUGACAGGCCAGACCUGCCUGCCCUCGCACAUUUCAGCCACAGAAGCAGCCAGGAACACGAUUUGAAACCCACUGGUGUGGACGGUACCAGCAGGACAGGUGGGCCUCCUGUAAAGAACCCAGCAGGUGAUCUGAUGAACAAAAAGAUUAACAACUAAGAGUUGGCAUCAUUAAAAACGGAUUGAUUUACCAAAAGAAUCACCAGAAGAUGCUAUCUACAUAAACUCCAUCAGUAAUUUUGAAAUACAGUUAAUUUCACAAAAAUUCAUCAGUUCUCCCUCAACCCCUACCAGAAUAAUAAUAUGAACUUGUGGUGACAUGAAGUCUUUGAAAUGGAGGCUCUUUUUCUCCUUCUGCCCAAGUGAGCAGAACCAUGCAUGAAAGUUCUGGAUCCAAAAGGCCCACCCAAACACCUCCAAAUGGAUGGUAGAAAGAAAGACUUUCUGGUGAAUCUCUUGCACAGGCAGGCCUAAGAGUGGGCCACCCCAACGUGGCCAAGGCCAACAACCCAGCCUCAGCAACACUGACUAGCCAGCUCUACCGGGGGCUGGCCCAGACAGAUUUCUUCAGUUCCCCAAGUCAUACAAUAUAUUCUGCUACCUCCCCCAAGACCCAGAAAGAAACUGGAAGAGCCCUGCAAGGUCUUGGCUGGGGCCAACUAUGAAUACCAAGCUCUAGGAACAUUGACCCAGAGAUAGCAUCAUUACAGAUGGAAGCUCAUUCCCUGUAAUUCCACCCCAACCCAAACUUCUCCCCAUAGCCCGCUCAUGUGUGCAGAAGAGAGCUCCCAGCUCCAGGUAGAUGCCCUGGAAGACGGCUUACAACCCAAUUAAAGCCAAGAAUGGCCUACCGCCGUGGAGCAUUGUAACUGCUGAGUCUUCAUUUAAAAAAGCAGCCAGGAGUUGGCUUUGUACAGCUACAUCUUGUUUUCUGUUGACCAAUAACCUGUGAACUAAAGGAGAUUUCAGAACUGAGAUGUGAUACAGAUUCAUUCUGGAUAUAUUUUUCUACAAGGGGCUUAAAAGUGUAGUCAAUUCAUUGUUCACAAUGUGUUUCAUUCAGGUCCAACAGAUGUUGAACCGUCCUCACUAGCAAACCCCACCACCCACUGCAACCCUCCUCUUCAGAAGCAAACCUCCAGGAGAGUUGAUCCUGCUCCCCUCCCUCCUAUGCAUCCACCAAUCUACCUCACAUUCUCCUCCCCUGCACCCAGCACCACUGGAAUGCUGCCCCAUGCCAGGAGGCCAGUGACAUAAGAUGACUGCCGUGCUGAUGUGGAAGUCCUCUGCCAGCCUAUACCAGGAACAUCCAUCCCAGUCCAACAACAAUCAGAACCCAUGAGACGCAGCCCUUUGCUGCCUGGAAUUAUACCUUAAACCCUAGCUCACAGAGAAGAACCUUGCAUGAAAGUUGGAUUCAAGAUAAGAGAAAACUCACUCCAAACUAUCAAGAAGUGGGAUAUUGUCCAGCAGAAAAAGACCAUGACAUCUCAGCCAAACCUCAUCUUUUAGGGGGCCCAAGCUCCCCAACCUUCCUCUAUUUCCAAUUCAUUCUUUCUUUCCUGUUCCCUUCCUGCAACUUUGGCCCCCUGUUCAUGAGCUACUCCAUAAUAGCUCCCACCAUUCAACGAGCAAAUGAUCUUGCUCCCACCCCAGUGCCCCGCCAGUGCUUUAGGGUUCAAGUGAGAAGUCACUCAUUGACCAGAUGCUAUGAUUUGCCAUCAGAUUGGCAUAUAGACAUAGCAGUUUUGUUCAAGAAAGUCACUAACUGCCUUGGUUUCUCUCCAGAAUCAUAGAGAUUAUAAAACAAAGAUGCUUCAAGUAUUCAAAGGGGAGAAAAAUAUAGUGCCUAUCCUCAGCGUGUGACUAAAAAAUCCCAGGUAGCUGAUGGAAUUCAACUCACUUCCUGCUUUUGUCCACACCAGAUUAUCUGUAAGUCACUUGAGGAUUUGAGCAUCUUAUCUGGGCCUGCAGGCUUUAGGCAUCAGCCACCCAGCAGACACUGGGACAAUGAAAAAGCAUUGUCUGAUGCCUCUAUAUCCUCCUUUGGAGCUGUGGGCAGCCAGUGGGGAAGACUAAUUCAACCAAAUACAAUGUGUGAAAUUAUGGAAAAUGAGAGAGAAUGGAGAUUAGCUUCCAAAAUCCACAGCAAGGCUUUCGUAGCCGGCACCAGAGUAUUUUGCAUGUUUUUGCAAAGUCACAAUUCACACAUCCUUCUUUCCAAGCUCAUCUUGAUGGAUAUGGGAACCAUCCCUUUUCCGUGUGGUCCCAGAGAAGUUUGGCCCUGCCCUGGAGGGCUCUGGGGGACUCAGCCUACACUCCACAAAGCAAUAACUACAGACUGGCCCCUGCACCACACCUGGUAAUCGGUGGCUCUCCAUGUGUCACCAUGACAGGAUCAGAAAACGCUGCCCUUUGGAGGCACCCCCUUCAAGAUCAGAGCUUUGUUUCUGAGAAAGGACAAAUAGCAUUGGUUGCUUGUGAGGCCCAAGCACCCCAAAAAUGAAACAAAAGAGAAGCCCUAACUCUAGACCUACAUCCACUGUCCAGCAUGGCGCCUGAAGACCUAUUCCUUGCUACUUCAGCUACUUCUGAGAGGCCAGGGAAACGGGCCUGCAGGCCACCCCAGACCUACAGCAUCCAAUGGGGGUGGAGACCUUGCUCCCUGUCCUCUCACACCACCUGCUGGCUUCCAGGGCUGGCCAUCCCCUCUCCCGCCCUCCCCUGGUCCCAUCGCUUCCUACCUUUGGGCUGCUGCCUGUGCUCUCUGAAGGCCACUGAGAUGAUCAAAAGCAGAACUGGGCAUGGAGUUUUGCUGGAGUGGUCGCACACACCAUUUCAUGCUCUCGCGUCACGGAAUGACCCUCAAGAUGUGAAGUCACACACACCAUUUGUCCCAUUUAGAUUCUCAUCCUUCCCCACCUCAGAAACCUUUCAGAUCUCUUAUGUCAAGGCAGGUUACAUUAUUUUAAGCAGUUGUGUAGACUCCAAAAUAUAUUUUCUGUAAUCACCACUAUUUCUCAAAAGGCCUCCUCCUGUAAUUAUUAUACAUGUGAAUUUUUCCUUAUUUAUAAAAUAUAUAUAUAAAUUAUUUUUAAUACAUCAACUUUAGUAGAAAUUUGUACCAACGCAGUAACAGUAUGUGGCAUUUGAAAUAAGUUUGUGUUUACUUUGACGUAUGACACAGUAUUGAACACAUGAUGUAUUUGCAGUACCACUUGAUAAAAAGAUGAUUCACAGAUUAUCAUAAAGUAUUGUCAU